AUGCCAAACGGAUGUAUUAAACCUAAGAGACUUAAUACGAAUGAAUUUUUGAAGAAUGGCCAGGUUUGGGAAAGGCAUAAUAUCAACAACAUUCCAUAUGAACAUGUGUUUGUACACUCGAGGCAAUCAUUUAUUCGUGAGUUGGAUACAAAAGGAAAAGGCGUUCUUCUUUACGAAUUCCAUGCAACUAGAGCUUUUAAAGUUAAACUUACAAACGGUAGAAUUUAUUUGAAUGUACCAAGGCCAGUGAAUCAUAUCUUAAAAUUUAGAAAAAGGUGA